CGAAUGUUGGAAGCAUGGAAGCAAAAGCAAAGGCCGAGAAUGGCGGCAACCCAUCCCUUAUAAUCUCAAAUAUCUAUAAAACCCCAUAUCCAUCACGCGCUCUACACUCCACCACACUCAACGAUACGUAUCACCUAGUCAUUUAAAGAGAAGAGAUUUGCUUGGUGGUCUCCUUUGAAGAGAAAAAAAAAAAAAGGAUAGUCUUUGGCUUUAAGUUUUUUUCUUUUUUUGUUUUGGGUUCCACUCACUGUCUGCAUAUUCAAAAGGGAUGGAAAAAGGGAUUUUCCUAAAUGGGGAAAGUGGUUUCAAUAUGGGUAUUGGCUGGAGUUUAGCGUUUCAGACAAGGUAGCUAAAGAAAGUAGUAGCAUUGAAGCUUUUGAUUUUGGGUUUGUGAAGCUUUUCAAAGUAGUGGUGUUAUUGUUAUUUAGUACCUAAGAAGAUGAUGAUGGCCAACUAUGAUAAUCAUCAUCAUCACCGUUCAUUUCCAUCAUAUGUAGUUGGUUAUGAUGAUGUUGAUGCUGAUGAUGGUCCCACGGGUAAUAACAACAACAACAGGCCUAAGACCAGUAAUAUAUACGAUGUUUUGGCUAGCAGUGAUUGUAGUUCUGGUUUUGCUGCUACUGUUGCUAGUGGCGGUGCAGUUGGUGUAAGGAUAUUACAGCAGCCUUUUGACAUUUCCCCCACUUCAACCUCCACUGCUCACACCGCCUUCAAAUCCCCAGGAGGGAUGGCGGCUUCUUUGGAGUUUCCUUUCACGUUUUCACAGUAUAAGGAGCUUCAGAGACAAGUUAUGAUAUUCAAGUACAUGAAAGCUUCCAUUGCUGUGCCUCUUGAUCUUCUCAUACCCACUAUCGGGAGCCCCUCUGUUUCAGUUGCUUCCCAUUCUGCCAUGGGAAGGUUUUCUGGUAGAGCGGAUGUUGAGCCAGGGAGGUGUAGGAGAACUGAUGGGAAAAAAUGGAGGUGCUCUAGAGAUGCGGCGCCUGACCAGAAGUAUUGUGAGCGGCACUUGCAUAGAGGUCGUCCCCGUUCAAGAAAGCCUGUGGAACUUCCUAAUAAGAAGACCCGCCAUACCCCUAGUCAAGCACAUCCUUCAUCUUCCUCCAGCACUCACCCACAGUUUGUUGCUCAGCCCUUAAACCAGAACCAGACCACCUGUUUUCUUGGUCAGCCAAGUCAAAAAGCUGCACCAUUUUGGCCUUUCACCUCUGUUUCUUCCUACAAGGAACCCAGGACUUCGGACUGGGAUAUGAACGAACUUAUUCCACUAGCUGAUCAGCAGUGGCAUCAUCUCAUGCAAAUAGGGACUGCUACUGAAGGUUCUUUGUUCAAUGCUGUCAACCAAAGUUAUGACAAGGAGCCUCUGAACUUGAUUUCAUGUCCAAAUUUCGGUCCUGCAGAAGACCAACAACGCAAUACUAGCCCUUGGCUUCUUAACCCUGAGAUAGUUCCGGUAGAAAAGUCGCCACCUAGAGGUUUCAUUGAUGCGUGGUCUACUGCUGUAUCAGAUGACCACCAUGCCAACACAGGAACUGAAACCUCUGAUAAUGGGAAACUCACUCUUUCAUCCCUUUCUUUAUCAAUGGGAAUCAAUAGCUUCAGGGAUAAUGAGACAGGACCUAUCCGUAUGGGGUUGGGGGUGUGCGGGUAUGAUCAGGAGAACCAUGAAUACGCUUCCAAAUGCCACCUUUCUAGCUGGUUAGCCCCUGCCUCUACACCAGGAGGCCCAUUGGCGGAGGUUCUAAGGCCGAGUGCCACUGCCUCGUCUCCCGUCGCGGGAAAUGGAAAUUCUUGUAGUCCUGCGAUGACUGCAGUGUCUUCACCGUCUGGUGUUUUGCAAAAAGCUCUUGCUUCAUGGUCUGAUAGCAGCGGUAGUAGCAGCCCGACGAUUGUUUGUUCCAGAGCCAAACCUGAGAUCGGUUUGAUGUUGGCUUAAACGAAAUUACAAUUCCCCCUUUUGUUGGAAGUUAACCCAAGAUUUUACUACAGACGGAUAUAAUAUGUUCUUUUUUGUUUCUGUAUGGUUUUAAGCACUUAGUUGCAGGUUAUUAUAUACAUAUGUAUCCAGCCUUAUUAUUACAAACUUGUUGAUUUUGUUGACUAAAAGAAGAGAAUUUGUCUGAA